AUGUCGUCUUCUACUCCUCGAAGUUGCAGUCUUUUAACAGUGCCAGUAUCAGCUGUCCAUUCAAUAACAGAUCCUGGUUAUGAUGGAAUUAUUUACGUUACUUAUUCAGUUAUGCGUGCUGAUAAAUAUGAGGCGCUGAAACCAAUCUUGCCAAGCAUCAGUGCUUAUUGUCAAAUUUACAAGAAUAUAGAAAAUGCAACUACUGUGAUUCCAUUCAGCUCCAAUAUUAUACCAUCAAAAAGACUGAUUUUCGCUGGAACAGGACCAGUUGAUCGCGAUGAAGAUGACGUACGUCGUUUUAAUGUCGCAGCUCGGAAUGGAAUGAAAUUAGCACUAAAUAUUGGCAUGAAAACACCGUUAAUUAUAACAUUACCGCAUACAAAGUAUCCACAAGCAGAGCUGGUUUCCAUUCUUGGUGCUAUGCAUGAGCUGUAUGUUCCCUUGAAUGUUCGAGAAGAAGAAAACAAAAUCAAAGUCGAUAAAAUUGGCAUUCUUGCGCUCGAUUAUGAUCAAAAGAUACGAUUUCAAUUUUUCGAAAAAUAUUUAAUCGUCAAAAGAGUGGCAAUAAAAAUUGCUAUCUUUUCAUUGGUAAAAGUAGUACAAGCACUUGAUGCUGCAUUCAUGGUUUGUCGUGAUAUCGGUGAUUCAGAUCCACAACGUAUGUCACCACCCCGUGUCGCACAAUAUGUCUCUAAUGCAUUUGCUGGAACGAAAAUUAACAUGCGUGUUGUUUCGGAAAUCAGCGAGAUUGAACGUGACUUUCCUCUUAUGGCAGCUGUAAAUCGUGCUGCUAGCAAUGUUGAAGAUCAUCAUGCACGUCUUAUCUGGCUUGAAUAUAUCCCAGAAGGUCAUUGUGAAGAAACGAUCAUGUUAGUCGGCAAAGGUGUCACAUUAGAUACCGGAGGUACAGAUCUGAAAACUGGUGGUAAUAUGUUUGGGAUGUGUCGUGAUAAAUAUGGUGCCGCAGUCAUCGCUGGUAUUUUCAAAAUUUUAGAAAUCUUGCAGCCAAAAAAUGUCAAGUUUUGUGGAUAUAUGUGUAUGGUGCGGAAUAGUAUUGGUUCCAAUUCGUACACGUGUGAUGAAGUUAUUCGCUCUCGUAGUGGGAAACGCAUUGCAAUAUACAACACUGAUGCAGAAGGUCGUAUUACGAUACUUGAUCCUUUGACGAAGAUGGUUGAGCUUGCUAUUACGGAGAAGAAACCACAUUUAUUCACGCUAGCAACGCUGACUGGUCACUGCGUUCUCACGUACGGUUCCAUGGCAGCAGUCAUGGACAAUGGUCCAGCACGUACUAUCCAUACUGCUGAAACAAUUCGUGAUCGAGGUGAUGCAUUUGGUCAGCCUGUCGAAAUAUCACGACUUCAUUCAGAAGAUUUUGCAUUUCAUGAUGCUGAAUGUGAAGCAGCAGAUUUGCGACAGUCAAAUACUUUACCAUCUGUCAAAACGCUUCGCGGUCAUCAAGGACCAGCAGCAUUCCUUAUACGAGGUUCAACGUUAGAUAAACAUGGAUGUGAUUCUCAAUUGCCUAUUCCAUUUACGCACAUCGAUAUGGGUGAUUGUAUGGGUGCACACCCUCAAGUGAGCUACCCUAAUCCACUGUUAGCGCUUGCUGCAACGUCAGUUUUUCAUUAUAUACCUAAUUUUUAA